AUGGCCUUUGUUUGCCGGGAGGAGUCUCCCACCCCUGUGACCAGAGCCGCUGUGAACAGCCGCGCAGCGGGAGGAACACCCUUCCCGCACUGCUCGAGCGGCACCCGGCGGGCACGGGCGCUCCUGCAGAGUUUCCCAGUGCUGCUGGGCCGCAACGAGCUGCGCCAGCCCGUGCUACGGGUGGUAGGCGGCAGCGGCGCGGCGGCCGCGGUGCUGAGCUUCGCGCUGAGCGGGGACGCCGUGCGGCUCUUCACGCGGUUCGCGGGCGAGGGGCGGGCGGCGGCGGGCGGCGCGCAGGUCUUGCUCUCCGACUGCCCCCCGGACGCGCUGCGCCGCUUCUUCCGCCUCCUGCGGCUCAAGGUGGCCGCCGGGUCGCGGGGCCUGGCGUGCCCCCCGCGCCUGCUGGAGCGGCCGCCGGCGUCCUUCGCCGUGACCAGCCCGGUGAAGGAGCGGGACCUGCUGCGCAAACCCCGGCCCCCGCCGCGCCUGCGGGACGGGGCGGAGGGAGCGCCCCGCCGAGGUGCCCCGCGCCGAAGGCGGCCCCUGGCGCGGCUGUCGGCGGAGCAGGAGGCGGUGCUGGGAGCCGUGCGGAGCGGGAAGAGCAUCUUCUGCACCGGCUGCGCAGGGACUGGGAAGUCCUUCCUGCUGAAGAGGAUCGUGGGCUCCCUCCCUCCGAACGUCACCUAUGCCACAGCCAGCACGGGAGUGGCCGCUUGCCACAUCGGUGGCACCACUCUCCAUGCCUUUGCAGGGAUCGGCUCUGGGAAGGCACCGCUGGAAGAGUGCAUUCAGCUGGUGGAGAGGCCGGGGGUGCGCCAGCACUGGCUGGCCUGCCAGCACCUGAUCAUUGAUGAGAUCUCAGUGGUAGAUGGAAAGUUCUUUGACAGGCUGGAGGCAGUGGCAAGGGCAGUCAGAAAACGGGAUGAGCCUUUUGGGGGAAUUCAGCUAAUCAUCUGUGGGGACUUCUUGCAGCUAUCUCCAGUUUGCAAGGCUAAUGAAGAAAUCAAGUUCUGCUUCCAGGCAAAAAGCUGGAGGAAAUGUAUCCACAUAAACAUGGAGCUGACUGAAGUGCGGCGACAGACUGACAAGGCCUUUGUCUCACUCCUGAGUGCAAUCCGUCUAGGCAGGUGCACAGAGGAGGUUACCAGACAGCUGAUGCAGACAGCUACCAACAGGUCUGAGCGUGAUGGGAUCCUGGCUACACGGCUCUGCACCCAUAAAGAUGAUGUCAAAAUAACUAAUGAGAGACACUUGCAACAGCUAUCAGGAGAAGUGCACAUGUUUGAGGCUUUGGAUACUGACCCAAUGUUAGUGAAGUUAAUUGAUGCUCAGUGUCCUGUGGGUGGUAGAGUUGAGCUGAAGCUUGGAGCUCAGGUGAUGCUAGCAAAGAAUCUCGAUGUGUCUCAAGGGCUGGUGAAUGGGGGACGAGGCGUUGUAGGAUUUGAAAGUGAACAGAAGGGUAAGUGA